AUGACAUCUGCGAAGUUUGUCAUCUGUCUCACAUGUUUGUUCUCGGGGGAAAUGGCUCUGACGAAAGACCUCAAAUUCUCUUUUUCUGUUCAUCAAGAAAGACGUUUCAUAACAUCUAACAGACGGGACAGCGUGACUUUGACUUGUUUCUAUGAAGGAGAUGUUGCUGCGAGGUUUUACUGGUACAAGCUGACAUUGGGACAGAAACCAAAGCUCAUUUCUACUCUUUACAAGUUUGACACCAACGCCACCUUUAGUGAUGAAUUCAAGAGUGAUCCACGAUUUACAGUUGAUGCUGAAAAAGGAAAAAUCUACUUAAAGAUAACAAAUCUGGACAUUUCAGACUCUGCUACUUACUAUUGUGCAAGUAGCUAUUCAUUUAAGUUUAAAUUUGGAGAGGGCACUAUCAUCAACAUAAGAGGUUCAGAGUUGGAUAUCCCAACUUUAGUGCAGCAGUCAGCUUCUGAGAUCAUCCAACCAGGAGGCUCUGUGACUCUGAACUGUACAGUACACACUGGGACCUGUGAUGAAGAACACAGUGUUUACUGGUUCAGAGACUCUGAAGCGUCUUUCCCAAGAAUCAUUUACACCAAUGGAGGCAGGAAUGAUCAGUGUGAGAGGAAACUCAACACACAGACACACACAUGUGUCUACAACCUACCAAUGAAGAGCCUGAAUACGGCUCAUGCUGGGACCUACUACUGUGCUGUCGCCUCAUGUGGACACAUACUGUUUGGAAACGGGACCAAGCUGGACUUUAAGGAUGAUGGGAAUGCUGUGUACUUCUUCAGUGGAGCUUUGGCAUUCAGCACACUUCUAAAUGUUUUAAUGGCUUUCUUAUUGUAUAUGGCCCACAAAAGAAACUGCACCAAACACCAAUGCCCAGAGUCUCAUUCAAGAAUUUCCCCGCCUUCAACAAAUGCAGAGGUCAAGCAAAAUGAAGAAAACCUCCAUUAUGCAGCUUUAAGGCACCACAAGGCUGACAGACCAAGAAGACAGAGAAACAACAGCAAGGCUGAAUGUGUCUACUCAAGUAUAAAGCAGUAG